UGUGGGUCCCGCUCUACUAGGUGGCGACAGCUGGGCUGGGAGAGGCGGCCGAGCCACGACGUCGGGAGAUCGGUCUUACCCGGCGGGCGACUCGGGCUGCACUACGCUCACCCGCCGUGGUCCCACCUCGAGCCCUCUACCGGCGGCGAUGCGGUGAAUUUUCUCGAGGUUCCAGAAGCACUGUGUCAUGGAGCCGUGAGCAGAACUCGUCAGCCGCUAGGGAACAGUAAGCGGGGACGGACUCUUCCACCGACGACUCGGAAGCGAAGACGUAAGUCGACGGCUGUAGGAUUUCUUUAAGGGUAAUCUGUUCCUCCUCUGCCGCCGCCUUCGUGGUUCUCUUUUCUUGCGAUGGUACUGAGAUAUUAGCGGCAGCCACUUUGAUUAAUUGAAAGGAUGUACUGUUAGAUUCUAGCUAUAUGGGCAACACAAAUUCUGCUGAAGGGUCCUCUCCUUGCAAAUAUCCUUUGCCAUCUACUCGCAAUUAUGCUCACCCAUCUUCUUACAGAAAUCCUCAGCAAGCUCAUUUUACUGCUGGGAGUUCAUUUAAUAAUAAAAACCAAAAUAAGCAGCAACCAGCAUUUAUAGCUGACAAUUUCAGCUCGCUUGAAGAGGUUAUUUCUGCACUAAGAGAUGCUGGCCUUGAAUCAUCAAAUUUAAUCCUUGGUAUUGAUUUCACUAAAAGCAAUGACUGGACAGUUCAGAGGGGGGAUCAUUGCUAUUUAACAAUUGUAGGAAGGCAUUCAUUUAACAGAAGAUCUCUGCAUGCUAUUGGUGACACAACUAACCCCUAUGAGCAAGCAAUUUCUAUAAUUGGGCGUACUUUGUCUCCUUUUGAUGAGGAUAACUUGAUACCGUGUUUUGGAUUUGGUGAUGCAUCUACACGUGAUGAAUUUGUCUUCAGCUUUUACCCUGACCACCGUCCUAGUCAUGGGUUCGAGGAGGCUCUUUCACGAUAUAGAGAGAUUGUUCCACGUUUGACUCUCUCAGGUCCAACAUCAUUUGCACCACUGAUUCUUGCAGCAAUUGAUAUAGUAGAGCAAAGUAAUUGGCAAUAUCAUGUUCUUGUAAUCGUAGCUGAUGGACAGGUUACUAAGGGUUCAACCUUACCAAAUGGUUUUAGUCAACAAGAACAGGCUACUAUAGAUGCUAUAGUUGAAGCUAGCCAUUAUCCCCUUUCGAUAAUUAUGAUUGGUGUGGGUGAUGGACCAUGGGAUGCUAUGCACCAAUUUGAUGACUACGUUCCACAACGGUCAUUUGAUAACUUUCAGUUUGUGAACUUCACAAAGAUAAUGUCUGAAAACAUGCCAAUGACAAAGAAGGAGGCAGCAUUUGCACUUUCCGCCCUCAUGGAAAUCCCACUUCAGUAUAGAGCCACACAAGGCCUAAAGCGUAAGAAAUUACUAAAAAUGCACAGAAACAAUGAGGGAAAAGCCAGUUGGGAAAAGCCUCUGCCUCCUCCAAGUGCUGUUGUCGAUCAUGACAAUGCAAAAUCGUCAAAAAGUUCCCAUGGACAUGCGAAAUACACCAACCCGGAUGAGUACAGCAUCCCCAUGGAGCGAGCAUGCCCUAUUUGCCUCACAAAUCCUAAAGAUCUCGCUUUCAGUUGUGGUCAUCUGACUUGCAGAGACUGUGGUACAGCGAUACCCACAUGCCCAAUCUGCCGGUCACCCAUUACCACACGCCUAAGGCUAUUUUCCUGAUAGCAAAGUCUGGAUUUGAUGGAUGAGUGAGUGCAAGAAAACUGCUCAUGCGUUUCAGGUUGUUGCAAGGUGGGAGAUUAUUUUGUUGGCAAGGAAAUAUAAUGUAGAGAAUUGACAAGUACUGUUAAGUGGGAUUGCUUUCUCUUCAUUCACCUGCAUGAAGAUUGAUGAUGAUGUUCCUCCAUGCCAAAUAGAUUGAACAAUAAUGUUUGAUACAACUAAUUCAUAACGAUCGCGCACGAAGAAUUCCGAAGAUUGUUUGCUUGUUCUUGCAAGUUUUAGUUUGAUACUGCUAAAAGGCUAAAAUUAGGUUGAAGAAAUGUAUUCUUAGUUAUCUACCCCUUUUAGAUUAAAGAUUUAGAACACUGAAGUCUUAUUGUUGAACUGCAUAUUGUGAUUGCUUUUAGCAAAUCCUGUAUUGUUAUUAUGUUGUCGAUUUCAAGCUGUUGUUACUCUUUAUAUACUUGAGCAUUUAUAGAUGUUACCUUCGCCA